AUGGCUCAACCCUACACAGAGCUCGCCGCUCAACCGCCAGAUCCAUUAUCAAGCUCGAACGGCCAAGUGUCACAAAGCCGCUGGCGUAGGUUCUUUGCGGCAGUCGGGAAGGAUAACGGGGCCGAUGGGUCAUCGCUGGCCCAAAAUAGCCAAAACCUGGAGCAACAACAGCCGCAGCAGCAACCGCAGCAGUCGGGACAACACGACGACGACGACGGGAAAGACGAUGACAGCAAAACCGGUAUUAUUCAACGUGUCUCCCGCAAGGUCGUCCCCGGACUUCCCCGCACGCAAACGUUCAAACGCCAGCGUUCCGAGGUACGGAGCCGACUCGAAGCGGUGCUCCCGAGCGCCGCAGAGCGAAGAGCUGUCUCGGUGGACAGGCGCUUGCAGGACAACGCCGCGGCUCUGAACAACAGUGAUCCGCGGGCCAGCGCGCCGGACUUCAUCCACCAUUUCCUGAGCAGCCCGCCCUCGCCUAGAUAUCCCAUGAGCCCCCUGGAAGACCUCGGUCACGACGACUUUACCAUGGAUAGGGAUUCUGUCACCGACCGCUUUACUCACGAGUCCGAUGGCCCCUCGAAGCAAGAGAUCCAGUCUAUGACCAAUUCGCAGUACGACGCCCUAAUCGAGGGUGAGCUGGAGCGCAAAUGGAUCCUCAACCUGUCCAUGCACUUCCGUGACAAGUCUAAGCGCGAGAAGUUCUUUGUGACUUUCCGUCAGCACGCGCAUCAUUGGCGACGGGUCACUGUCUCCCUCGACUAUCGCGAUGCUCCCAAGGACUCCCUCGAAGCUGAGCUAUCGGGGCCUCUCCUGCAGCGGGACAAGAGCGAGAAGAUCUACAUGGCUAUUCGGGACAGUCUAGCGGAGAUCGACUUCUAUGAGACGGUGACAAAUCUCAAACUGGAGACAAAGGAAGGGAGGCUACAUGUUCAUGUCGUCGAAGACGUUAAUGAAAUCAUUACCUACCCUCCUGUUCGCAUGGUCCAGCAUAUGGACUGCAGGCGUGUCAAGGAGCGCGAGAUCCAUUUUGACUCGCACAUGUCCGGAUUCGUGUACAGGGUUCGUGUUCACGGCCAGCUACUUGUCAAGAAAGAAAUCCCAGGCCCAGACACCGUUGACGAAUUUCUUUACGAGAUCAACGCACUCAACCAGCUGUGCGGGUCCCGACAUGUCAUACAAUUCUACGGCGUAGUUGUCGACGAUACAGAUGACAACAUCACGGGUCUCUUGAUUAGCUACGCCUCACAAGGCCCUCUGAUCGAUGUCAUCUUCGACAACCAACCCUCUUUAUCCUGGCCAAGACGGGAGAGGUGGGCUCGCCAAAUUGUCAGUGGGCUGUCUGAAAUCCACGAAGCUGGAUUUGUCCAGGGCGACUUUACCUUAUCCAACAUAGUCAUCGACGGAAACGAUAACGCAAAAAUUAUCGACAUCAACCGUCGCGGGUGCCCUAUUGGUUGGGAGCCGCCGGAAGUAACGCCACUCGUCGAAAGUAACCAGCGAAUCUCCAUGUAUAUUGGCGUCAAGUCGGACCUUUACCAACUUGGCAUGGUCCUCUGGGCGUUGGCUAUGCAGAGGGAUGAGCCGGAUGCAGCCGGCCGUCCUCUGACCAUCCCAACGGAUGUCCCGGUACCAGCGUGGUACCGGGAAGUUGUGGGCAUUUGUUUAAAUCCCGAUCCCAAGGAGCGGCUCCAGGCUGGCAAACUACUCGCGUGGUUCCCAGAGUUAGACGACACGAUGCAGAACGGCGGUCCAGCCGCCGAAUUGACGUUGUCGCUGACACGCCGGGAUAAUCCCCGUCCCGAAUACCUAUCUCCGCCUGGUGUGCCGCGGAUCAGGACAGUCCGCCCACCCGACGAUUGGACGUACAUGGGCUGGGGUAACCACCACCCUGCUGCCGAAGAGCCGUUUUACUACUCAAGCCGCGGCCGAUCUCCCCCGUCCCCGAUGCCCAGCAAUCACGGCGACUACGAUUCGGGACGGUUUCCACCCCGAAUGUAUGCCUGGUCCGCCGAUGGCUACAACCGUAUGCCGGCCGUACCCUCUGUUAGCGAUGUCCUGCUGAAAGGCUCCAGAGGCGGCUCCGAGGCCGGUUAUGGGGAAGAUGAGGGGGGUCACGGGGAAACAUACGCCGAUGCGCCGUAUCGGUUCCGAGGGGCUGCCGCUGCGGCAGACGUAAGCGGGGACGACGAAUCGUAUGUGAGCCGAGGGCGAUCACGGCCGAGGAGGAGGGUCACAGCAGCAACAUAUGACGACCAAAGUUCGGUCCAAGCGUCGACCUGGGGGAUGAUGUCGGACCAUUGGCAAAGCACAGCAGACGGCAAGGGGGGUCAGCAUAACACUGGACGGGCUUCGCAGGCUGAUAGCGGCAAGGAUUUCACCACCGAAAGGGCAAGCACGCCUCGAGAGUACCGCAGUUACGAUGGUGAGAGUCGGGAGCGAUCUGUGUCCCGCGGCAGGAGAAGGAGGUCUACGAUUGAGUCCGUAUCGGGGAUGGGGGCACGACAGGCGAAGGCUAUGGCCUCAGUGGCGACGAUGACCACCGAACAAUCAGCCCAUGCUCCUUCCUUCGGUACCAGCAAUACCUUCAAUCACACCGACUCCCAAACCGACGAUACGGAAGACGAGGGCGAGGACAUGGACAGAGAUGAAGACAAGACCAUGCACAUCCCGGCGAAAACGUCCCGUGGACAAGCAAGCGCUAAAGAAACAACAGCCCUGGUUUCGUCGACACCUACGCCAGCAACGAUGGCCGCGGUAGCAUCGCAGCAAGGAACAACGCCACAGCAAACUAACUCCAACAGUAUGACCACCACCACAACACUCCCUCCCCCUCCUGUGGUGCCUACGACUGCUCUCUCGCAACCCCGCCGCUCCUCCGACGAAGACCUCAAGGGCGUUGGGUCCGCGUACGAUCCAGACACUCUCGGCCCACAUAUUACCGGUAAUAAUCGUAAUAGUAUCGGCAACUACCACCAGCGCCAUUGCCAGAAGAACUCGAGCUACAACGAGAACAAACAACGACAGCACGCGGAUACCGACCUGGACAUGGUCAUGGAAAUGGAUAUCGACAGAGACUUGGAUUUAAACUCGGAUUUGGAUUUGGACUCGGAUUUGGCUUCGGAGUUGGAUCAGGAAUUGAAGGCGCUUGGGUCGGAUAUGGAUUUGGAUUUGGGCUUGGGUUUGAAGGAGGAUUUUGGAAAGGGGUUAGGUAAGGGUAAGGGUAAGGGAAGGGAUACGAAAGUGGCUGCGUAA